AUGUCGGGCCCAAACCUGCACAACGCUCUCCUCCGCCCUCCGAUCAUCCAAAUUCUCCGCGCUCAAGGCUUCCACUCGACACGCCCUUCAGUCUUGGAAUCUAUUCAGGACCUGACUGGCCGGUAUCUGAUCAUUCUCGCCUCAUCUGCAGCGGAGCAUGCCGCAAACUCACACCCAUCCGACCCAGUUCCGGAUCUCGAAGACAUCUACCAAGCCCUGCAGGAUGCAGGAGCCAUACGGCCACAAUUACGUGAAUGGGAGGAGGAAUGGCAGGGAGAAGAAGAUAUGCGUGGUCUUGAUGGUUUCCUCGGCUGGAUCACUGGCCCUGCCCAUCGUGAAAUUCGACGUGUUGCCGGUUUUUUGCCCAGCGAGGGUGACAUGGUGGACCCUGACGCCGUUGAGAAGGAGGAUUACUUGACCGCAUUGAAGAAGAAACACAGCAAGACGGGUGAGGAGUCUCGGUACGCUGGGACUGUCCUGGGGAAACAUGCUGAGGAACACCCUGUCGUCAUUGAGGGUGGUGCCCCCAGCAUCCAAGACUGGGGUGCACAGGUUCGUGCCCGGGCUUUAGAGGCAAUCGAUAGCGACAGUUCUGGUGUAAGCAGCGCACCGAGUCAUCUCUCCGACGACGAAGCGAUGGCCGCGUGA